UAAAUAAAUUAAAAUACAAAAAUGAAUGCCACAGUUGAUCCCAGACGCAAGGAAAAAGUAAAUCGUUACAAGGCACCACAGGCCCAGGGACAAAAUGGCAGUGGCACUGGAAAUGAAGAUUUGACACCAGACUAUAUGAACAUCUUGGGAAUGAUCUUUUCCAUGUGUGGUCUUAUGAUGAAGUUGAAAUGGUGUGCUUGGUUUGCUUUGUAUUGUUCGUGUAUUAGCUUUGCCAGUUCUCGUGUUAGUGACGAUGCUAAACAGGUUCUAUCAUCAUUCAUGUUGAGUGUUAGUGCUGUUGUCAUGUCAUAUUUACAAAAUCCUGCACCAAUGACUCCACCAUGGGUAUCAUCAUCAUAGAAUUAAUUAAAAUUCU